AUGGCCGUAAAGCAUAUUAUUCCUUUGGAUAAGGUUAUUUCCAGACCAUUGAAUCAAAAUAAGCUUAAACUUGCCAAACAAUUAGCACCAGGUAAAGUGGAACUUGCUCUAAACCUUAUUGGCUAUAGUGAUGAAGUUGUUAAAGCAAUGGAGUUUAUAUUUGGUAAUAGUUUGAUAUGUGAUGAUGCAGAAACAGCAAAGAAGAUAACAUUUAAUCCGGGUAUAAGGACGAGAAGCAUAACCUUGGAAGGUGAUAUUUACGAUCCCUAG